AUGCUCAAAGACGCUGAAACCCGAUAUGCGGUUAUUGAGCUUGAACUCCUGGGAAUUCAAUUCGCAAUAGAAAAGUGCCGAAUUUUUUUAUUGGGGUUGGAACAUUUUUUCAUCAUAACCGACCACAAUCCAUUAGUUGCGAUUUGCAACAGCCACAGACUUGAUGAAAUCGAAACUCCACGCCUCCAGAGAAUUCAAACGAAAAUGUUGGGCUACAAUUUCACUGUGAAGUGGAUGGCUGGUAGGCAGAACGAGGCCGCUGAUGCCUUGUCUCGACACCCAGUUGGUCAACCAGAAGCUCGUGAUGUGGUCGAUGAUGAAGUGGAUUUUGAUGGGUCAAUCACACAUGCAUGUACCCCGGCUAUGAUUCGAUCAGCUACGUCUGUGGAUCCCAUAGAUCCAUUGCUUCAAGACCUCAAAUCCCAUUCAAACAGAUGUUCAAUUCAUCGGGAACUCAAAGCCUUAAUUCAAAAUGGAUUUCCCAACACGAAAAGUCUUCUGUCGCCAUCAAUGAAGCCGUAUUGGAGAGUUCGACAUGAGCUUACAAUUGACGAGGAUGGUCUUAUCCUUUUUAGUGUUUGCCUCCUGAUUCCAGAAUCAAUUCGUCCCUCAAUUCUAGUCCGCCUUCAUGAUGCUCACCAGGGCAUUACGAGGACACAAGCCCGUGCCCGUCAAAUCUUAUACUGGCCCAACAUCGACUCUGACAUUGAAACCUUCAUUUCAACGUGCAACUUCUGCCAGGAUCAUUUACCUCAGAAUCAGUCAGAACCUCUAGUUCAAAAAGAGAGGCCUUCUCGUCCUUUUGAAGAGCUAGCUGUGGAUCUAGCUAUUGUUCACGGACGAGAUUUCUUGAUUCUUGUUGACUGUGCAACGGACUGGCCAGAUAUAUACAACUUGGGCCGCGACACGACUUCAAUAAAACUCACUGGUGCCAUGCGAAGUGUUUUCUGUCGCACUGGUGCACCAUUGGUCCUUUGGUCAGACAACAGUCCACAACUUGUUUCUGUGGUGUUUGAAGAAUUUCUUCACGAUUGGGGGUUGAUACAUAAGCGCACCGAACCUCAUUUGGAAAACAUCACCAGAUUGCCUCUUCUCAAUUAGACCGUGUGUCACAUCAUGACCGAUAUUCGAAGGCUGAGUCUGAUCGCCACACCAGACUUCUACCUCCUUUAGUUGUGGGCGACCUUGUUGCUAUACUUGAUUCCAAAGAGAACAAAUGGUCGAUCUAUGGAGCAAUCGUCGAGGUCAGAGAACAUCGGUGAUACUUCAUCAAAACUCCAUCAGGAGCAAUAUUGUGUCGAAAUCGGAAAUUUUUGCGGAAACGUCACCCAAUGUCAAUUCCUCCUCAAUUGGUUCCGUCAGACACCUUCUCCUCUUCGCCUGAUCCUUGGACGCCUACAUCCCCUGAAACGUCAUCAACCAAUCAGACUGGCGAACGUCUUGCCCGAUCUCUUCGUCCUCAACGAACUCGGAGGAAACCUGAACGUUUGGGAUAUUGACAUUCAUUUACUUAUUUUGUGUUUUCAAGUCUGAAAAUAGCUAUCUCUUGUUUUGCUUUGCUGUUUCAGACUUAGUGGGUGGGGGGUGUCGGAUGAUCAUAAUCGGCCUUCUUUUUUCAUGCUCUUACUUCGAUCUUACUUAGCGAUGUACUUCUUUUUUGUUUUUGUUUUUUUGGUUUGGUUUUUCACGGGCUUUUCUAACCGCUACAGGGAAUGUAAUCCCCAGUACUAUUAAAAUGAAAGAUUAUAAUUCGUCUAUUUAUUACCUUUCAAUUUUUAUAUGAUAUUUGGUCUACCAACGAAUUUGAGUUGGCAGACCGAGCUAAUCCUUGAAUGUAGGGUUGAUCUGGAAUGCUAUCUAAAAAUUUGUCCAAGUCUGACUUGAAAGAUGCUACCGGAUCAACAAGGCCUACGUAUUCCCUACGAAUAUCAGAGGGAAGCAAAUUAAACAAUGAAGGAGCCCGAGAAAGAAGAGAUGUGGACUUCAUUGUUCGA